GAACAGUGGAUAAGGUGCCGUUGGCAGGGGUUUGAGUGGACUGAUAGUGCGGUGGUGGUGCUGCCGUGGAUCGAGGCGCAGCGCCUAGCUACCUAUACUUACGUGGUUGACCGGUGGACCGCUAUAGGCACCAAUGAGCAGCAAGAAGCGGAUUGAGAUCGUCAUAACAGGGACGCCAGGAGUAGGCAAAUCUACGCUCGUUGGCGCUCUCGUGGGUAAACCUGCCGCGAAGACUGGCCACCAAAUGCUUCGUGCCGAGUCGAUGGCUCGGUCGACGGAGCACGAGAUGGAGGGCGUAGAGGUUGUGGUGUGGGACUCGCCUGGUCUCGAGGACGGCCAGGGAAAGGACAAUGAGUAUCUCAACGAACUCAAGAUAAAGUGCAGCAAUGUCGAUGUUAUGAUCUAUUGCGUCGACCUCUCGGCCACUCGUUGCUACGGAUUGUCGGCUGCGGAGGUAGCGCCAAACGAUCUUUCUGCAGUAAAGAAACUUACUGCGACGUUCGGGUCGAACUGGUGGAAGCACUCCAUUUUCGCCAUGACGCGUGCGAACGUGCUUGAAACAGCACUGAAAGUUAAACCUGAUGUCGAGAAGAGGUUCAUUAAUAGACUACAGCAAUGGAAAGAGCUAAUUCAUGCCACAUUGAUCGCAACCGGCGUGCCUCAGGAAGUAGCUUACACGAUACCAGUUGAACCGGUCGGACAUCCCAAGAAGCCACGUCUACCAGGUCGAGAGAAGUGGCUCGAUUCACUCUGGCAUAUCAUCCUGACUUCUGUAACGACGCCAUCCACACAAAAGAGUCACAGAACGGCAGCAGUACGUCCCGAAUCAACAGAUGGAGGGGGUCAAGACGCGCCCGAUUCAGUAAAGCCUACCGAACAGCAAUACCCACACAAACGGGACCGGGCGUUGUUCAACCCCAAACCAGCAUACAAAUUGGGUCAAGGAACACUUGAUUCCGUACUGUCGAGCAAUCGGACGCCAGCUUCAGUAGCGCAGUCCCCCGAUUCAACGACCGGCAGGGGGCGAGGUCAGAUCCUCGUAACGGGGGUGCCAGGCGUGGGAAAGUCUACCCUCGUAAAUGCCCUUGUAGGGAAACGCGCAGCGGUCACUGGCGACCCGUUAUUACCCGACAGGCCGAAUAAAGUGAUUGGCCACCAGUGGUUGGCUGGGGAAGGCUUAACAUUCGUGGUAUGGGACUCGCCUGGUAUUGAAGAAGACUCGGUAAAGGAGUGUCUUGCUCAGUUCAAUCAAAAGUGCCCCAAUUUGACUAUUGUCAUCUAUUGCAUCGACCUCUCAGCCACUCGCUCAUACGGAUUGACGGCUCCAGAGGUAGCGCCAAAUGAUCUUUGUGCAAUUAAAGAACUGACUGCAACUUUUGGCUCUAACUGGUGGAAGCAUUCCAUUUUCGUCAUGACACGUGCAAACGUAUUGGAAACAGCACUCAAAGUCAAACCAGAUGUCGAGAGGAGGUUCAACGAUAGACUGCAAGAUUGGAAAGAGCGAAUUCAUGCCACAUUGAUCGAAACAGGCGUGCCACAGGAAAUCGCUUACACAAUACCAGUAGUGCCAGCUGGACAUCGAACAAAGCCGCGCCUCCCUGGUCGUGAAAACUGGCUCUUUGCACUUAUGCACGUCAUCCUCACAUCUCCAACGGUGCCGUCGAGAAAGGUGGAAAAUGAUCUACCACACCGGAAACAUGAGGAUCAGGGUUUCAUUAAGAAAAGCGAUGAGUCAACAUGCAAACGUCUGCGAACGCCUGUUUCAGUAACGCUGACCAAACAGCCAAGCUGCCAAGAUAAUAGAGAAAGAAAAUAUUUUCCAGAGAGUGUGGCUCGAGCUAUGACUACGCGAACAGAGCUUGCGGCCAGCGCAAGAGGUCCUGUCGGUGCUACAAUGGAAAGUUCCUCACUCAGAGAACAUCGAAUAGGUGGGAUAGUGGUUUUUCUGAGAAAGGUUGGAAGAGAGAAACUGUUGUAGACUCACUGCAAACCCUCAAAAACAAUUUAUCUCGUUUUUCGCUUUGUGCUAAUUAUAACCUUUAUAGUAAGCCGAUUUUGAUCGUCACAUUAAAAAUAUAUUUUCUGUAAUUGCUGUUAGCUUUCUGUUUAGUCACAGUGCACUUACUAGCUAUCACUACCAUGCACGCUAAUGCUCUUAUUAUUACACUAACACAUG